CCCUCGGAUCACGUAAUUACCUAAGUCAAUUUAACAGAAAGGUUUUCUCGAUUUUUCUAUAUUCCUUAAAUAUAGCAAUUUAGGAUGCGUUCUUUAAACAUGAAGGAACAGCAGGCCGAAUUGUUGGUGGAUCUGAUGCAAAUCUCGGACAAUUUCCUUAUCAAGCAUCACUUCGAAUACCAACACUUCUGUGGUGUUGUAAUCAUAAGUGAUAGAUGGCUUAUAACAGCAGCACAUUGUAUUGUAAACGUAAGACUACUUCCAGUUAAUGUUGUAGUUGGAUCACAUCUUUUAAACUCAGGAGGAAUUGUACAUCAAUCUAGUCGUCUUGUACCUCAUCCUGAAUAUAAUGCAACAUGGAUUUCAAACGAUGUUGGAGCAGUUGAAACAGCAACUACAAUAGUAUUUACUACAUACGUACAACGAAUUGAAAUGGCUUCUGAACCUACUUCUGGUGGAGUUAAUGCUAUUGUAAGUGGAUGGCGUGGAACUACAGUCGAUGGAGGUCCAGCUCCUGAUAAUUUACAAUGGCUGAGAACAACAACUUUAACAAAUAGUGAUUGCAGAGAACGACUCGGAGAAAGUGCUGGAUUUGUGUUUGAUCAUAAAAUUUGUACUUUAACUCGUGCUGGGGAAGGGAUUUGUCAAGGAGAUUCUGGUGGCCCUUUGGUUGUCGAUAAUAAAGUUAUUGGGAUAGUAUCAUGGAAUACUCCGUGUGCUCGCGGACUUCCCGACGGAUUCGAUCGUACGUAUCGUAUUUUCGUCAAUGGUUUCUAGAGAUUACUGGAGUAUAAAUUUGUUUAAACGUUAUCAACAAAGAAUUUAAUAAAAUUGAUAAAGAAUAAAGUUCAAAUUGAAUUAUGACGAAGUG